UAUGCUAUUUUUCCCCGAGGGGGCGACGGUCCUUAAACGGACCCGAAAUCCGCGCUAAAUUCCCAGUCUUUCCUCUUCUUCCUCCUCCGCCCCUCCUCCCUCUUCUGCUGCUUCUUCUUCUUCUUCUUCUUCUUCUUCCAAAUCGAUUCCUUUCCCUUUUUUUUUUUCUUCUCUGUCAGAGGCUUUUUUGUGUUUGACAUGUCACUGGCAAAGGAGGGAAGCUUUCCCUUCACGCGUUUCCCCGGUCACGCCUUUCCGCCAAACAGCGAUCCAGGUUUCCCGGAUCUCUCGAUCCCUUCAAAUCUCGGAUCCCUCCGCCCUCUGUCGCGCCAACCAUUUCUUUCCCUAGGGCACCUCGGAUUUCCAUGAAGAUACUUUCCGCGGAAUUCCCGCCCUCUCCGGAUCGGUUUCAGUUGUUGAUCGAUUGCUGCGACGUAAGGGGAAUUUUCGCAAUUGCCCAGCGGGAACAUAUUGUUCAGGGCCAGACGGGCUUUGCGAGCUGGAUAUGGAUGGUAAUUAUGGCAAUGGUGAGCAAUUCAUAAGAAUUUUAAGUAGAAGAUCGUGAGUAUAUUGGCAACUAGAGGGUUCUGUUUUGAGGGUAAGCGAUGAGCACUAAGGGUGAUCAUAUGGUCCCUUUGGCUGUGCUGCUAAAGCGCGAAGUGACGAGCGAGAAAACUGAGAAGCCAGACAUCUCUCAUGGUCAGGCGAGCCAGAGCAAGAAGGGGGAAGACUUCACCCUGUUGAAGACUGAAUGCCAGCGGAUUCCUGGAGAUGGGGUCUCGACGUUCGCGGUUUUUGCGCUUUUUGAUGGUCAUAAUGGGUCAGCAGCAGCAAUAUACUCAAAGGAGAACCUCUUAAACAAUAUUUUAUGUGCCAUUCCUUCAGAUCUUAGUAGGGAUGAGUGGUUAGCAGCACUACCAAGGGCUUUGGUUGCUGGGUUUGUUAAAACUGAUAAAGAUUUUCAGGAGAAGGCACAAACUUCAGGUACAACAGUAACUUUUGUAAUCGUGGAUGGAUGGGUGGUAACUGUGGCCUCUGUAGGUGAUUCUCGCUGUUUUCUUGAAUCAGCAGAAGGUGUAAUUUAUUCUUUGUCAGCUGACCAUCGACUAGAAGCUAAUGAAGAAGAGAGAGAACGGAUAACAGCUAGUGGAGGUGAAGUUGGUAGGCUUAACACAGUUGGUGGUGGGGAGAUUGGACCUCUAAGAUGCUGGCCAGGUGGUCUAUGUCUCUCGAGAUCUAUUGGGGAUAUGGAUGUUGGCGAAUUUAUUGUUCCUAUCCCAUUUGUCAAGCAAAUCAAGUUAUCUACUGCUGGUGGCCGUCUAGUUAUCUCAAGUGACGGUGUAUGGGAUGCCUUGACUUCUGAAAAGGCUUUGAGUUGUUGCCGUGGGUUACUGGCAGAAGAUUCAGCCAAGCAAAUAGUAGAGGAAGCUGUCAAGGUUAAAGGACUUCGAGACGAUACCACAUGUAUAGUCGUAGAUAUAUCGCCCCCAGAAAAGCCACCUGCUUUGCCACCACCCAAGAAGCAAGGAAAAGGAGUCUUCAAAUCUAUGUUCAAGAAGAAGUCUAGUGAAUCAUCAUCGCAUUCAGAUAAAGAAUACUGUGAGCCUGAUGUUGUCGAAGAAAUAUACGAGGAAGGAUCUGCAAAACUUGCUGAAAGGCUAGAAACAGAGUAUCCCCUGCGCAACAUGUUCAAGUUAUUUGUAUGCGCAGUUUGUCAGGUAGAUAUGAAGCCUGGUGAAGGCAUUUCUGUACAUUCUGGUUCCUCACAUGGUGGAAGGGUACGGCCUUGGGAAGGUCCUUUCCUCUGUCCCAGUUGCCUUAUGAAGAAAGAUGCCAUGGAAGGGAAAAGGCCUUUGGGAGGUACGCACCACAUGUUUGAUUUGUGCUAAUAUAACUACUUGGGCUCUUUUAUGUGAAAAGUGAACUCUACUGCAGCUUCUAGAAAUGCUUUGUCUUGAGUGAGAUGUUCAGAAGAAGAUUGAUUUGUAGCUGCCUAUUGGGAAAUUUCAACUUGUCAUUGCUUAAUUGCAAUGUUCCACCUUCAGUGCUUGCUUGAUCUUGAAGAUUUGGUAGGUGAAAUUCAAUAUUCGGAUAUGCUUAUGGCUGAAGGCUAUUUGUUCAGAUUCAGCAUUCAACUACUAUAGGAUCUACAUUCUCACAGUGAUGGUGACGCUGCUUUGCUUCACUAUUCGAAGUCUGGCUGAAAGCUGGAUUGAGUUGGGAGGGAGGUUAUUAAGCACCACAAUUGUUCAAAUUAGAGAUUCUCAGAAAGCUCCCUGUUGCUGUAUCUCUGCGCUGCAAGAACACAAUCAGUUCCUUGUACUGGCAAAAGGGAGCUUUCCAUGUAUUAUGUUAGGUUUAUGAGCUGAAAUUUUUUCUCCUUAAAUUCUUUCUGUGAAAAUGAAAAAUGCUUGUCUAUUUCCUUGUUCAGUUGCCUGAACGCAAUUGGAUGCAACGCAUAUGCAUGCAUUGGCAUCAGACUCAUUCCACCACUGGAAGCAUAUGUUCUGACGUAUUUAGUGUCUGUCGAGAUAAGCUUGUCCAGCUCAUAAGCUAUUGGGAAAUGCAUGACUGUAGGUUGAAAUAUGUUGUAUCUCACUGAUGUAAAUGAAGAACAUUACUGAUGCAAGAAGUUCCAACUAUUAGAAUCAAAGUGCCGAUGUUGAUGAGCUUUCAUUA